UGUCGCUGGCAGGACUUAAUUUAAAAAAAAAAAAAAAAGCUCUUUGCUGGAAAUAAACGUGGGUGGGGGAAGAAAUUUGCCAUCUGUGGAGUUCCUGUACACCCUAGCGCACCGGCCCCCGUUGUCUGUUACCAGGCAUGGAUUAGGUAGAUACAGAGCGGUAAUCCUAUCCUAGUUUUCAGAACAAGUCGUUAUGUAUAAAGAAGUAAAUCUCAUUUUGGGCCGCUGACUUGAUUAACAGAAAAUGCAGUGAAAUGAGGCGGUCGGCGGUUAGUACAAAUCCGUUUCCUUGGAUUUGAGCCAGUGAGUGAAUGUCUGAGGGCUAACUGCGGCAGGCAUCUCCUAGUCAUGUAGUAGUGCACGGCUUUCCCUUCGGACUCUGAUGGUAUCGACUGUCCUUCAGAAAACAUAAAGCUGGCCUAGAGUUUGGGUGCAGGUCUCGGUACAGCCACUUAGAGAAGAUGACAGAUUUGGUGGCUAUUUGGGAAGUAGCUUUAAGUGAUGGUGUUCAUAAGAUUGAAUUUGAACAUGGGACCACUUCAGGAAAACGCGUUGUCUAUGUUGAUGGAAAGGAAGAAAUAAGAAAAGAAUGGAUGUUUAAAUUAGUGGGUAAAGAAACUUUCACUGUUGGAGCAGCCAAAACAAAAGCUACUAUUAACAUUGAUGCAGUCAGUGGCUUUGCAUAUGAAUAUACUUUGGAGAUCAAUGGAAAGAGCCUCAAGAAGUAUAUGGAGAACAGGUCAAAAACCACCAAUACUUGGGUACUGAGCUUGGGUGGUACGGACUAUAGAGUUGUUCUAGAAAAGGACACUAUGGAUGUGUGGUGCAACGGUCAAAAAAUGGAAACAGCGGGUGAAUUUGUAGAAGACGGGACUGAAACUCACUUCAGUGUUGGUGAUCACAGCUGUUGCAUAAAGGCUGUCAGUAGUGGCAAACGAAAGGAAGGAAUUAUUCAUACCCUUAUUGUGGAUGACAGAGAAAUCCCAGAGGCUGUGGAGUAGCCUCUAGUUAACUGAUUACUGUAGGACUAAGAUCAGGAAUUUUCAAUUACUGUGGUAAUUAUUUUAAUAUGUACUACUUGGUACAUCUAGUUUGUGCUGGGUUUAUUUUCUAGUUUCUGUACAUGAAAUUAUUCUUUUUGAGGACCAGAUGAAAAAAAUUAUAUACAACCUCUUACAUUACCAGUUUUUAAAAAACUAUAUAUAUGUAUAUAUAGAGAAUAUAUAUUAUAUCACUAAGCGCAGAGAGCACUGGUGAACUUAAGUAGAAAUUAUACACUAGGAAAAAGUUUCACUGUAAUAAAAUGGAAGAUAAAUAUUCA